GCGACGUCGAGCCAGGCGCGGGUGGCUCUGGUCGUGGACGUGAGAGAGACAAAGAAAGCGACCGGAUUAUGUGAGGAAAAUAUGGCUGAGCAAGGAUCUCCACCCAAAGGUGAGUUACUUUAUCUUUAUUUCCUGUUUCAUUUUCUUAAUCCCAUUUGACGAUAUGAUAUGAUGUUAUGGGGAGGGGGAGAAGUACGACACGACAGAGAGGAGGAUAGAAGACGAGGAGGAGCAAGGAUGAGGAGAGGAAGAUCAGGGAAACCGAGACGAACAGUUGGAUCCGCAAGAGGGAGAGGAGGCGGCGACGGCGUCGUCGGCAGCGUAGGAGAUCAUCCCGAUGAGGAGGAGCAUGGCUAUAGCGGCGGCGUAGGAGAUCAUCACGAUGAUGACGAACAGUGCGAUGGCGGCGGCGGCGGAGGAGAUCAUCACGAUGAUGACGAACAUGGCGAUGGCGGCGGCGGAGGAGGAGAUCAUUACGAUGGGGAGGAGCAUGGCAAUCGCGGCGGCGGCGGCGGCGGCGGCGGAGGAGGAGGAGGAGGAGGAGGAGGAGGAGGAACCUUGACUAUGGAGUCGAUCGCCUUCAUGGCCAUGGGCAUGGGCAGCAGCCGUCUCGUUUCUGAGGCCGCGGCAACGUCGGUCCUCAGUUGUGCCCUUAUAACGGUUCUCUUCGUCGGCAGUCUCUAUGCAUGGUCCUUCAUGUCUGGAAAAGGCAUCACUGAAGAGCGAGACGAUCCAGCGGUCAUCAAGCGGCGAUUCAUGGGCGUCGGUUUGGCAUCCAUAGCCGCCAUACUCUUAGUCGAUCGGAAUAGAGAACGCUAUAAUGCUAUUACUACUAGACCUAGUGGAGUGAGUCGAUCCUGGGAGGAGAGAAGAGUGGGUUCUUUAGCUUAUGAUUUAGGGUUUCGAGUAGACCAUUUGUUGCAGGCCAGCCUUUUACCUGUGGCUGUCACAGCCCUUCCGUUCAGCGGCCCUCUUCUUAUGGACCUAAUGGACUGGGUUAGCGACCUGAAAUGGAAAGUCUAUAUUCAAGGUAUUCCUUUUUCGGCAGCUCUGUCGCUUGAGCGUCAACGUGUCAUCUCCGGAUUGCUGGAAAUGGCCGCUGACCUUAUAUAUUGGCGCAAUUUGGUCGUUGCACCGAUCGGAGAAGAACUUGUAUUCCGCGCUUGCAACUGUCGUCUUCUGUUGUAUGGCGGCUUUCACCCAAGUUCUGUCAUCUUCUUCUCUCCCCUUUUCUUCGGUGCAGCGCAUCUGCACCACUUUGUCAACAUCGUUUAUCGUCAGAGGCGGCCUGUUGUUCAUGGUAUAAUUACCGUUGGGGUGCAAAUGUGCUACACGACAGUGUUUGGCUGGUAUGCUGCGUUUGUCUUCCUCCAGACUGGGCACUUGAUAAGCCCUGUGCUUGUGCAUAGCUUCUGCAACUACAUGGGUUUGCCCAACGUAAUGCGGAUGGUGCAACAUCAUCAUUGCAGACUGAUUGGAAUCGUCUCGAUUGCUGGAGUCCUAGCUUUCUUGCUUGUCAUGUUUAGCAUCGUCUCUCCCAGCAGUUACUCGGGCAGAGGAGAUGGCAUUCAGCAGUGGUAGGCGAAGAGCAGGGAUUGAUUAGCAUCAUCUCUCCCACCUUGUCAUCAUCAUCCAUCUUGAUUGAACAAUCCCCUAUUCAAUCAAGCUCGUGCCACCGA